GUCGUCUUGCGCGGCCAGUGAGAGUGUCGGAGUGAAAGCGAGCCGCCGGAUGCCGGCCGCCCGCCGCGCAGCCCGCUCAGUGCUCUGGCCGGCGCUCCACACGACGCAGCUCCAGCCUGGCGCCUCGCCGCCGCUCACCGCGUUCACCAGCCGCACGCACCCAGGACACCGGCCUUCUGUCGUUGCGCCGAGUCUUCCGCGCGUCGGUAUUGUAGUCGCCGACUGCACUGUGCUUCGUUGGUUUGCCGUGUUCUCGUGUCUUCUGGACACCGAGCAGCUUGCAGGGUCGGAACGGCGCACGGAGGAGGCCAGCAGUCUCACAACGACAGUGAAGACAAGAACUGCUGAUUGUGUCAGACAGGUUCCUUCGCUAUCGAGCACCGGAGAGUAGAGCGGUUGUAUAUAGACAGUUGAUAAGCGCGGCACGUGACACACAUCGUAAGACUAGUCGCGUGCGUAGCUGCCGCCGAUACGGAGUGACCGCGUGUCGCAAGCGCCCGCAGCUGCCUACGUCACUCGGGCGGCGCUCUCGCCAGCUUCGCGGGGGUCCUGCUAUUCCCGGCGAUCUGACUGCACGCACACAGUG